AGCUUGAUCCUUUGUAGGCUGUAAUAAAUUCAGCAAAAGCUUAUGAGCUUGUGUUCAUGGCAAGAUCACCGUUUGUUCCGAUGGAGGAGAGGGUGCAGGUGCCGGAGCAAGGCGCCGGAGGAGGAGCGAUCAAGGACCGGCUGGUGGAGCCGGAGGUGCUGCUGGUGCACAGCCAGGUCAGGAGGAUCAAGCAGGAGGACGAGGAGAUCAGGGAGCACCUCCUGAAGCUGCAGCUGCUGGAGACCAGGCCCGCCGGCCGUUUCUACGACCCGGUGGCAGCGCGGCGGGUCAUGCGGCCGCUGUCUCCGCUCCGGCGCGCCGGGAACGCCAUCUCGGUCGGAGACUGGGUGUAGUUCUUCGCCUCUGUUUCCCAUCAGCUACUGCUACCAGCACGUUGUAGAUACGUAGGGAGAGCGAGCCAUGGUGCCCGUCCAUGUUCUGCCUAUGUUCAUGGGAUCGGAGCUUAGUAGACGGUAGGGUAAUGGCAGCAUCGCCAUGUAUAGAAAGUAGCAGCACGUUGUGUUCUAGCUGUCUGUUGUUCUUGGUCUUGUAUAUAUGAGGGAGCUCACCUCCUCAUCAUGUCUGCUGUUGUGUUCUUUGAUCUGUUCUACCUGCUCACCAUGCGUGGUCUUGUGUUC